GAAACAAAAACCGAUCGGAAUCGCGAAUGACCUCCAUUACUGCGGCUCCUUUAUUUCGUCAAUUUUAACAUAAACAACGAACAAUUUCGACUUCCAGCUUUGCACAAAUUCAACCGGAAAGUGUCGCGUACAAGAAACUCGCAAAAAACGACGAUUUUCCAGUGUAAACAGUGCAUUUUGUGCGGGUGUGGCCCCCAGGCCAGAUAAACAAGAAUUGAGUCAUCAAGGUUCGUUACACCACCACCAAUGUCAACAAUAGAUUAGCCUCUGAUAAUUAAUUUGCAAUAACAAAAAUGAGUGCGACUAAUAAUCCGGCCGCAAGUCCCACCACCAAUCCGCAACAGGCUACGGCCACAAUCAAAAGCCGUCCGAAUAUUAUGCCCAGCAGUUACAUGUACACUUCGAGCAGUGCACUUUUGAACAGAAACAACACCGAAAACAAACCGACACCGCCGCCUACUUUGCCCAAGUACACUAGCAGUUUUAAUGCAGGCAGCAGCUUGAACAGAGAAAGGGACAAGGACUCUAUCGGGGGCUCUUACAGGCUUUCCAGCCUGGACAGGCUUGCGAUGAGGCAAAAGUUUAUGGAACAACAAAAUCCUACUAAUGGGACUGCUCAGCCUCAGAUGCAGACUAAUGGGAAUGGGGAUGUUGGGUCUAGUGCUUUGUCUAAUAAACGAGAAAUGUUUUUCUCUGGGACAGCCACAACACCAGAACAAAACAAAGACACAAACCGCCUAACCAAAACCCCCAGCAUUGAAAAACCCUCAAUCCCCGAUAAAAAAGAAACCCAAAUCGAUGGCACCCCGAAAGAAACCAAAGACGACUCCAGCAAAGAAUCCAGCCCGGAUAUAAUCAAGGAAAGACCAAAAAUCAAAGAGCUAGAUGGCUAUGUAGGCUUUGCAAAUUUGCCCAACCAAGUGUACAGAAAGGCAGUUAAAAAAGGCUUCGAAUUCACUUUGAUGGUGGUGGGCGAAUCAGGCUUGGGCAAAAGCACCCUUAUAAAUUCAAUGUUUCUUACGGAAAUUUAUAAUUCAACUGAUUAUCCUGGUCCCACUCAGAGACUGAAAAAAACCGUAGCAGUAGAAACCACUAGGGUGAUGCUAAAAGAAAACGGUGUUAAUCUUUUGCUCACAAUGGUAGAUACUCCAGGAUUUGGAGACGCUGUUGACAACAGUAAUUGCUGGGCUCCCAUAAUUGAAUACAUCGAAAGCAAAUAUGAGGAUUACUUGAAUUCUGAAGCAAGGGUAACAAGACAAAUGUCACCUGACCAACGAGUACAUAGCUGCUUGUAUUUUAUACAACCAUCUGGACAUGGACUAAAAUCUUUAGACAUAGAAUUCAUGAAAAGACUGUGCGAUAAAGUUAAUAUUAUACCUGUCAUUGCCAAGGCUGACACGCUGACUUCAGAGGAAUGUGCUUUAUUCAAGAAACAAAUAAUGAAUGAAAUUGCCCAACAUAAAAUCAAGAUUUAUGAGUUUCCAGAAACUUCAGAAGAAGAUGAAGAGCACAAGUUGAAUAAAUCAUUAAAGGAGCGUGUUCCUUUUGCGGUUGUUGGCUCAAAUUGCGUCAUAGAAAACGACGGUAAAAAAACUCGCGGUCGCAAAUACCCCUGGGGCAUUGCAGAAGUAGAGAAUCUCGAACACUGUGAUUUUAUAGCGCUAAGGAAUAUGGUUAUUCGGACUCACUUGCAAGAUCUCAAAGAUGUCACCAAUAAUGUCCACUAUGAAAACUACAGGUGCAGAAAAUUAGCUGGGUUAGGGGCAGAUGGAAAACCUUCCAGGAUUUCAAAUAAAAAUCCACUGGCUCAGAUGGAUGAAGAGAAGAGGGAGCAUGACAAUAAGAUGAAAAAAAUGGAAAUGGAGAUGGAACAAGUUUUUGAAAUGAAAGUCCGUGAAAAGAAACAAAAACUAAAAGACUCUGAAGCCGAACUAACAAGACGUCACGAAGCUACCAAAAAGCAACUAGAACAGCAAGCAAAGGAAUUAGAAGAAAAACGAAGACAAUUUGAGCUGGAGAAAGAAUCCUGGGAGAAAGACAACCAAGUGACCAUUGAAGAUUUGAGAAGACGAAGUUUGGAAGGCUCAAGGGAAACUGUGGACGGCAAAAAGGAGAAAAAGAAGAAGGGAUUGUUUUAAGUUGUGUUGACAAAAGUGAGUUGUACAUUUUCAGCUGCAUGACAAAUUUAGUGUACUCCUAACCUAGCGAGCAGCGGAACCAAUUAUUAACAGUUUUGCAUUUAGCUUUUUAGGUAUUUAAAUUUAAGAUAAGUUAUAAUAUAAUGAUUAUAUUAUUAAGACAAGAAAAAUUUAGAACUCUUAUUGAAGAAGGCUGUUUCUUAUCUCUUAUAAUAAUUUCAAAUAUUAUAAUUAUGGCAUUGAUUAGUAGUUGUAUUUCUUUUUUGUAGUCAAAACCAAAAUUACAUUCCGUUUUUUUUUUUUUUGUACUUUUUAUAUUUAGAGUUACUUGACAUGUUUGCCAAAAAAUUGUUAUGCCAUAUUUUCAAUUAGUGUAUUAAAAGUCCAAAUUCAUAAAAAAUAAACUGCCAUAAUACAUAAUACGUAAUUUUUAGGCAACAAAAAUAUAGCUAGUGUUUCCUUUGAAGAAAAAUAUAUUAUAUAGCUUGAAAACUUUUUAAGUGUUUAGAUGUAAUAAAGAGACUUGGCUUAUAGAGCUCAAUAACAAUUUCCUAUAUUUAAAAAUAAACAAUAUAAAUGUAUGUAUUAAUUAAUUAUUAUUGAAUGAAACCUGGUAUAUUUGAAGAUUAUAAUGAAUGUUAGCAAAAAUACAAAAUUAACAGUGCAUAUUAGAAUUAUUAAUGCUCUCUUCAAUUCUUUUUUUAGGAAAAAGUUAUUUUGUGUGCCAUUGGAAUGUAAGUUAAAAAUAUAUGUUGUAUUAUAG